AAUGUAGUGAGCAAGGGGAGGCGUGUCAACAAUCAGGGACUCACUCGGAUGCAGGGGAACAUCUUGACGAACACAUGGAAAGGAAUCGGAUUAAUUACCAAGCGCCAAGGAACCGAAGCAAAAGGGGACAGCAGCUCCUUGCGGUGCCAAGGUUCUGCUAUAUGGCUCCUGAAUGAAUCGGGAUACGAAAAGUCGCUGGGUGCAAAGUCAAGGUUUGGACAAACCUCGACGGAUGUCUUCCGCCAAAAUGCAAGGUCUCAGCUCCAAAGCGCACGCCUUUUCCGUCGAAGCGCUGGUUGGGAAACCCUGCAAGAGAUUGAAAGUGUCGGAGGAACACGUCACAAGUUCACGUGCCGACACUGACGCGAGCAUCUUCUCUGGAUCGACUGAGUGCCCGCUCACCCAGACCCAUAAAGAGGAUUUUCAGGUCACGGAGGCCGAAUCGGCCGUGUUAUCGAGCAAGCCCAAAGGGAAUAAAUGCACUCCGCAGAGAGAGGUGCGGGUUGAGCUGCAGGGCUCAGAGCUCUGGAAGAGAUUCUUUGAGAUCGGCACCGAAAUGAUCAUCACCAAAGCUGGAAGGAGAAUGUUCCCAUCCGUUCGCGUCAAAGUGCGGAAUUUGGACCCAUGCCAGCAGUAUUACAUCGCAAUGGACAUCAUGCCCGUAGACUCAAAACGUUAUAGGUAUGUUUACCACAGCUCGCAGUGGAUGGUGGCUGGAAACACAGACCAUUCUUGCAUCUCACCAAGGCUCUAUGUGCACGCGGACUCACCGUGUGCGGGCGAGACGUGGAUGCGUCAGGUGAUCAGCUUUGACCGAGUAAAACUCACCAACAACGAGAUGGACGACAAGGGACAUAUAAUUCUACAGUCCAUGCAUAAGUACAAGCCACGUGUGCACAUCAUCCAGCAUGACCCGAGGAUGGAUUUGUCCCAGAUCCAGUCGUUGCCGGCCGAGGGAGUGUUCACCUUCUCCUUCCCAGAAACCGAGUUCACCACCGUCACAGCCUAUCAAAAUCAACAGAUCACAAAACUGAAGAUUGACAGGAACCCGUUUGCCAAGGGCUUCAGGGAUCCAGGAAGAAAUAGGGGAGUGUUGGAUGGUUUACUGGAGUCUUACCCCUGGAGGUCCCCACUCAGCUUGGACUUUAAGCCAUUUGCCAUUCAGCUACAAGGGAGCUUGGGGUCCCCAACCGGCACUGCUUCCCCGCUGAAGAGUCUCCUGCCCCUGUCAUCUUCAUCAUCUCUUCUUUCACUCUCCUGCCAGGACACUGCUCUUCACACUCUUGCAUUGCCUUACUACGGAAAAACUUCGACCAGCCCCUCAUUGGCCAGCAGAGCCUUCUCCGCCAUGGGAGCAGAUAGAUUCAGAUGCCUGCCGCCAGUGUCUCCACUAAAAGACCCCCCACUCUUCUCUAUGCUGCAGGGAAAGAAACUUCCCAACUGUCGAGACCCAGAUCUCUCUCGAUCAAGCCCCCCAUGCUUGAUACCCUUCCCCAGCCCUCUCAGCCCUCAAAGAGCCGCUUCUUCUUUAAUGCCUCAUCUGUCAGAAAGUGUUGGCCCAUAUUGUGUUUACCGUUAUAGCUUCCCCUUGAACCCUCAACUCGCAACUAUAUCCCAACACACCAAACUAGCCGAAGACAACACAGAGGCCCUUAUGCAGCAACCUUCUUGGCAUCUGGCCGCCAACCACCGUCUUUGACCGUCUCCAGCUCAAGGAGAGUAACAAGCCAAAGCAAAGUGUGGUACACUUGGGGGAAAAAACAGACCAAAGACCGAACAUCAGAAGGAGUCAAGACAGAGCUGUCACUGAAGGGAUUAUUUUUAUUCAAAAAGAAGAUUGAACACUAUAACUGUGAUGCCCACAACAAAAACAAACGAACAACCAAACAAACGGACAAACAUAAAGCAACGAAAAACCAAAUCUUAAAAAAAUCUCUCCUCACUGUAUGAAUUCAAAAACAAAAUUUUGCACCUGUUCACUCUAACUAACCAGAGAAAUGAUCUGACCGACACAUUAGCAGUCUAUGCUAUACUAAUUACAUCCACUACAUAUGUAUAUCAUUACAUUUAUAUAGAACCACUGCGCCACCAUUCGAAAAUGUAAAUUUUAAGCAUUUUUUUAAGGAUUUUCUACUUUAGUGACUUACUGAAAAAUCCAGUUCUGUACUUAUUUUAAUAUGUUACACCAAAGACUGAUUAACUACAGUCUUGCUCAUUCAAGAAAAUCAGUUAAAUUGCACAAAAAGCUACAAUAAAAUACCUUGAUCCAAAGAAAUGCUAUCAAUCUAGAAAGGGCGACAAAGACAUUCCUCAAACGUUUGACAAUUUUUGUGUAAAAAGCUACGCUAAAAUACCUUGAUCCAAAGAAAUGCUAUCAGUCUAGAAAGGGUGACAAAGACAUUCCUAAAACCUUUGACAAAGUCACAAAAACUUCCAAUUGACAAACCAUGGUGAGAACCACGACCCACAAAUUGAAAUAGCAUGGACCUAAGCACACAGCAAUAACUCACCCAGGAGGUCACAAAGGAACUCAGGACAACAUCAAAUGAACUACUGGCCUCCCUCACAUCCCUCAAUGAGUAAGAAACGGGAAAAAUCUCUGUUUGAAGAGAACUUAGAUUCUGCAGCAGGUCAAGGAAAAGCACAGCACCGAGUCAACUUGUGGCUUAAAACAGGAGUGUCAACUCAUUUUUGUUGCGGGCCAAAUUGCUGUUUCAUAGAAAUAUUUAACCACCUCCUCAUAUAUACAUAUAGAAUACACAACACACUGAUGCAUAAUGAGUUUUGAAAUCAGAAGCAGAUGGCAAUUUGGAAUUUUGGUAGACCUACAUAUUAUAGCAAGCUUCACGAAGGUUGACAUGCUUGUUUCGCUUUCGUUGGCCACAUAAAAUGAUGUGGUGGGCCGGAUCUUGCUCCCUCCCGGGUGUUGAGUUGACUUGAAACAGUUAUUUUUAACCAGUGUACCAGGGCACAUCUGUGUGCUCUGAGAACUCUUUCAGUGAAGAAGUGGAAACAAGCAAAUUAUUGGGAAAAACAAUUAUUUAUUCAUAACAAUGUGUUUGUUUGAUUAUCUUUGACACAGGCAGACAGAACAAAUUAAUGAUCUUAUAAUAAAUGGCAGAAAGUACAUAAUUGAAAUGCAUAUACCUUUAUUUGUGACAUUUAUUGGUGUGCUGUGGCAUUUUUUAAACUUAAAUUUGUUUGAUGAUCUUAAACAUCAAAGUGGGGGAACAUUUUUGAGAAGAGGGCAAAAAACCUUUUCAUGGCACUGUACAUGGGCAUCUUGCGGAAAAAUAGUCCAAUUAGAACAAAACCCUGAACUAAUUACAGGAGAAAUCAGAAAAGCUAAGAAAUGACAUACGGUAAAAAUUUCUAAAUUUAGAAGACUAUUUAAACAAACACUGGCUCCUCUUGUCAUUCUUGUAGUUAUUACUAUGGCAAUUCCAUAAUGGCCAGUAAAGUAAUUCUUCUGACACUUUUCAGAGCAAGAUAUGGAGAAAGUCUGAGAUGUCCAGAUUGGUCUUAAGGCACACACCCGUCCCUCGAGGGCAUCUCGAUUUGGCUAAAGCAGGGGAAAUGACCUGUUUCCCGACAAAUGCUCAUAGCCAAACAGCAAUUACCUUGUCAAGGCUGAGCAUGACGGUGAGCUAAUGCUUUCUGGACGUGGAAAUAGCAGGAAGAAGUUAAUUGAAGAAUUCAGGCAGGGGAUUGCCCGUGUUUGAGCGAGUGGUCGGGUGCGUUGCUAUCAAACAGCCUUCCCUCUGUCUGCAGUCACAUGUAAUCUGGGCUGCUAUUUGAUACUGUCAGCCAUUUCCAUGUUUGCCUACGCUGGACAAUCAGUUUCAACUCCCAACUAAUUCUUGAUUUUUCAAUUAGACAAAUUGCUUUCAUACUGGGAGAGCAGAACUUUGCACCUGCCUCCAAAACAUGCAGUAAUAACACGUGUGCACAUGUGUGCACGCCUGUAAACACACACACACAUUCACACACACUGUGAGCACCUGCUUAGGCUUCAGUAUUGACGGUCAUAUUUGGACAUUUUUCUUUCACAACUAUAAUUCCGUAAUGUUUCGACACUGAAAUGAUGUUUAAACAUUAAGAUAAUACAGUAUGGUGAGUAAUAUAGUCAAAGACUGUCUCUUGUGUGAUUUAAUGAUUUUUGUCAAUAAAAGGACUUAAUGGGAACAUGGUAUCUUGGAAAUUUAAGAUGUUUCUUUAUUUACUCUCCAUUUUCCUUUCAAGAUAGGUCAUUGUUAACAUCAAUUGUGCAUUCUGGCCUUUAUUUUCUUUCAUUUCAACACUCUGCAACAAAUAAACAGCAUUUGAAUCAA